AUGUGUGGAUAUCUUGCUCCUCAGAAUUUGUGGCUGAUCCGUGUUCUUUUGGGGAUCUGUCUGGCCAAAGGCGGUAACUCCAAGAACCACACACCAGGAGCCAUUGGUAGUGGCUCUUUUGGAUUACGUGGAAGAUUCGUUGGUGGAUCUUUUGGAGGAUCUGCACUACUCCCAAGUUCCUCUGUGAAAGGACAUGGAGGAAUCAUUAGUGGAUCUGCUGAAUUACCCGAGAGAUUUGCAACAAGACAAAAUGUCAUUGUAACUGAUUUUGUUGGACGACCCGGAAGCUUACCUAGUAGGGGGCAUGGUGGUUACAAUGGUUCUCUCAGUACUGGUGUGUCUGUGAUCCCUGCAGUGGGCGGUUUCGUUGGCUCAUAUACGAGUAGGUUUUUGGGUCUUGGAUCUUUCAGAAGUCAAAGUGGCAUUGAUGGUAGUGACAUUAGUAGAAAUGUUGGUUCUUACGGGGGAAGUCUAGGCUCUUUUGGUGUUAUUGGUUUUGGUGCUACUGGUGGCUCCGUCGGGUCUAGGGGCAUCGCUGGAAACAUAGAUUCAUUGGGUAGCUCUGGCUUUGGCGGUAGUAGAGUUUCUGUUGAGAAUAUUGGCAGCAACAUCGGUAGUAGUAGUGGAUUUAGUAGUAAUGAUGGCUCCUUCGGGAACAGUGGCAACUCUUUGGGUGGUUUUAGUGACUUCGGGAAUAAUAUUGUCUCCUUCGGUAGUGGUGGUGCAUCUCCUGAUAGAAGUGUUCCUCCCUCGGUAGAAGUGGUAAUUGCUUCGUUAGUAAUGGUGGUUCUCUUGUAG